UAUUUCUAAUAUGAUGUCACCGAGGAAGCAAUGUAAUAGAAGAGCUAAUCUAUGAUUGUAUAUUCUACCAGUUCUUUGUAAACUUUAUAGUCGUGAUCGUGAGAUAUGUAUAUUUUAAGAUAAUUGGUGCUCCGUGCCUUUUGCCUUACUCGCCGUCUCGCCGUAUUACUCGCAGAUUAUAUUGAAACGAUCCGGUGAUCACUUUCACAGCCUAAAGAAAGUAUAAAUUAUUCUUAGCAGAGUUCUCGCAACGAUAAUGUCUCACUGUCCACGAGGGUCCAUGUCAGAAUCACUUAUAGAUAUGUCUCACGCGAAGGAUCACGUUGAUAAUCAGAAAACAAGAGGUAUUGGAGAUUUAAGAAACAACAGUUCUGGUCGUUUGGAUACGGAGAAUGUCACUGAUAGCCAUGUGCUCGUGCUUUAUACCGGCGGUACCAUUGGAAUGAUCAGAAAUAGAGAUGGAGUUCUCGUCCCUAAGGCAAAUGCUUUCGUGAAAACCCUGCGCAAUUAUCCACAUCUCCACGACAAACAAUACGCUGAGGAACGAUUCGGAUCAAUGGGACCACUAGUACUUCCGUUGUCUGCGAAAGACAAUAAACGUGUUAUUUAUAAGAUAUUGGAGUAUUCGCCACUGCGUGAUUCAUCUGAUAUGACAAUAGACGAUUGGAUUCGUAUCGCUAAAGAUAUUAAGCAAUCUUACGAGCAUUUCGACGGAUUCGUAGUUCUACAUGGAACGGACACUUUGAGCUACACAGCAUCUGCUCUAUCUUUCAUGCUUGAAUCUCUCGGCAAGAUAGUCAUUUUAACCGGCUCUCAAAUCUCAAUUUUCGACAGUAGAAGUGACGGUCUGGACAACUUCCUGUCGUCUCUAAUAAUAGCAGCGAAUUAUAAUAUACCAGAAGUAUGCGUGUAUUUUGGUACGAAGUUGAUGAGAGGAAAUCGUACUUGUAAAAUAUCGACCAUUUCAUUUGACGCGUUUGAUUCGCCGAAUUUUCCAACCCUAGCUAAAACCAACAUUAAGAUAGAAGUAGAUUAUCGAGCAAUAUUUCGAUCGUGUACAUUGGAAAAGUUUCACGUACAUGCAAACUUGAACAGGAAUGUUGGAUUGCUUCGAAUAUUUCCGAGUAUAACCACACACUUGGUAAGAGCAUGUUUACAACCCCCGAUCGAGGGUGUUGUGUUGCAGACCUACGGUAUAGGAAACGUUCCCACAAAUCGGCAUGAUAUAAUGCAAGAACUGCACGCAGCUACGAAACGUGGAAUUAUUAUUGUCAACAUUACGCAAUGUUCGGCAGGCUACGUUUCAAAUGCAUAUGAAUCUGGAAAGUUGCUCCAGGAAGUUGGUGUAAUAUCAGGUUUCGAUAUGACACCGGAAGCUGCACUGACUAAACUUUCCUACGUAUUAUCAAAGGAAGAAUGGGAUGCACAAACGAAAAUCGAAAUGAUGCAAAUAAAUCUACGCGGGGAAUUAACCGCUGGCCGACCUCCUUAUCUUGAAGAUCUAGAUCUUGUGGAGGCAGUUGCAAGAUCUUUGAGAAUUUCUUCAUCGACAGAGCGUCAAGAACUGGGAUCGAUUCUCUUCCCUGCAAUGUUGAAUACCGCCGUGAAAAAUCGUGACGUAAUGAAACUUGAAGCAUUAAAAAGAUAUGGUGCAAACAUUUCCCAGCAAAAUGCAGAUGGUCGAACGGCUUUACAUAUUGCUUGCUGCGAAGGUGAUGUUAAUAUCGUUUGUAAUCUUUUAAGAAUGGGUGCAAACGUUCAUAUCAAGGAUCGAUUUAAUCGUACACCUCUUAGCGAUGCGAUAGAAUUCGAUCAUCACGAGAUCAUUAAGAUACUGAUCCAGAGUGGUGCACAUUUACAUGGACGCGGUUACAUAAUAGGCGAGAAAAUAUGUGCUGCAGCGGCCGUUGGAAAUAUGAAGCGUUUAAAGUCAUAUGAGUUGGCAAACGCGGACUUUUCACAGAAAGAUUUUUCUGGAAGAACACCUCUGCAUUUCGCCGCGCUGCACGGUAAAAUACAAGCUAUUAAGUUCUUGUUGGAGCACAAUGUAGACACGAAGACUUUGGAUAAAACGCAUCAAUCACCGUACGAUCUCGCCAAAGUAUCAGGUUAUACGGAAGCAGUAACGCUGCUGUCAUGACUCGAUCCAUCGAAUACACUAGUUAAAACUACGAGAUGAAAGUGAAAUAAAGUAAAACAAUGCAGACACUAGUUGUUAUGCAGCUACAAACGCGUAAUUCUAAAUCAAAAAAUACAUUGAGAUACAAAUA